CCCUGAACACAGGAUGAUCAGUUUAUACUGCUGAGUGGCAGGCUGAUGUUCUGGUGGUGUAACAUUCUGCCCUUCUCUAACUUAUUGUCUGUGAUUCAGCCUUACCUAGGUCAAUAAAAUGCUGAGUGCACACCCAGUUUCCCCAGCACAUUCAGAAUGCUGCCAGAUCAUUUCUCACCCCUCUCAGUAGACAUUAAACUCUUUGUCCUGGCCUUAGAUGUCCUUGUGGUCCUGGCUCAGACUGCCCCAGAUGGAUGGAUCAGAAGGUGCUGUUAUGGAAUUGGCAGAUGCAGGAAAUCAUGCAAAGAAAUUGAGAGGAAGAAAGAAAAAUGUGGGGCAAAAUAUAUUUGCUGUGUCCCUAAAGAAAAGGAUAAAGUAUCACACAUUCAUGACCAAAAAGAGACAAGCGAGCUAUCUAUCUAGUUGCGACUUCUGAA